CAGAUCUUCACAAUCUACACUAAGCAUCACCAAGCAACGUCAUCGGCGUGCUUUAUAGCGAUGUAUAAGGAAUUGCAAAUAACUUUCUUAUGUUUCUCUAGUGAUUUUCCUUCCUCUUUUCUGUUCUCGAACCACCUAGUUCCACAGCCCAUAUCCCUAUAUGAAGCUCUUCCUCCUCCUGUCGUCCCUCCUCAUCGCAACAAUUUCAAUCACAUAUUCAGACUUACUGCUUGAACUCUACAGAUCUCACAUCUCCAAAACCUCCCCCGCAGGCCACCCACAACCAACCAAUUCCUUCGAAACACUCAUGAACACAGCACCAACCCUCAAAUCCACCAUGUCCAAGUCUCUCACCCACGCCAAGAUCCUCGCGCGCCGCUCCGCCGCCCGCGGCCACGCCAACCACGGCUGGCUCGACAGCCACCACACCUUCUCCUUCGCCUCCUACCACGACCCGAAGUUCGAGCGCUUCGGCUCCCUGCGCGUCCUCAACGAAGACCGCGUCGCGGCCCACAACGGCUUCCCGACGCAUCCCCACCGCGAUGCCGAGAUCUUCAGCUACAUCCUCUCCGGGGAGCUGACGCACCGCGAUAGCACGAUCCAGAAAGGGAAGGAGGGCAAGGAGGGUGAUGACUUCUAUCGCAUGAAGAGGGGAGACGUCCAAUUCACCACGGGCGGAACAGGGAUCGCGCACUCGGAGAACAAUGAGAGCGACAAGCCGGUGCAUUUCCUACAGAUCUGGGCGCUGCCAUGGUCGAGGGGCCUGACUCCACGAUACCACACAAAGACAUUUGACGAGGCGAAGAAGAGAGAGGCCUUUGUUCCUAUCUUGUCCCCGCUUGCGGCAGGCAAGGGCGCCAGUGCCGAGGAAGAGGCCGCGGCUGUCCCAGCACUACCAGGAACGAUACCCAUCCACGCCGACUUCGUCAUGGCCGCAGGUAUCAUUGGCGUCGGAAAGAAAUUCGAGUGGACCGUCGGCGGUGAAAGCGAUGCAAAGACUGUUGUGAAGAGCAGGACAGACAGGAAGGUGUAUAUCCACGUCCCGAUGACGAAUGAGGGGAAGUCCAAGAUCAGGUUGGAUGGUCGGGAAGACUCUGUUUUGGCAGAGGGGGAUGGUGCGUUUGUCACUGGUGUCCAGGCUGGUGAUGUGCUUGCCUUUGAGAGCAUUGGGGAGGUGGAGGCGGAGGUUAUUGUUUUGGACAGCGAUUGAGCGGUCUAGUUUGUUAUGUAGAUUUUAUGAUAGAAUACAUGUGGUUAAUGAUACUCUUACUACUAUC